AUGCCGCCCGACGUCUCAAUGGAAAAUGUGUUCAUUGAGCAUUCUCAGCCACAGAUUGGGCUCUCUCAAUUGAGGAACUUAAAAGAAUUGUAUCUUUCUAAUAAUGAAAUUACGGGCAACAUUGCUCCUUGGAUUUUCAACAACCUAACUUCACUAGAGUCCCUUAAUCUUUCAAAUAACCAGUUUUCUGGAGAGCUCUCCUUCUCUAUUUUUGCUAAUCUCUCCCAAUUAACAGGAAUUGGUCUUUCCAACAAUUAUAACUUGGAUGUUGAUACUGAGUCACCAUCUUGGAUUCCAUCUUUUCAACUAAAUUAUUUAAAUCUAGACAAUUGCAACCUCAAUAGGAAGAGUCGUAAUGUCAUUCCAAAUUUCCUCUCCACUCAAUACAAGUUAACAGAAGUGUCUUUAGCUCAUACCUCUCUUCAAGGAACCAUUGCUCCCUGGUUGUUGUACAAUAAUACUUCACCAAAACACUUGUCCUUAAGGGGUAACCAUUUAGUUGGCCAACUUCCAGAAAUGCCUUUCCAAAAUGAAACAACAAGAUUGACCUUUCUUGACAUUUCUGACAACCAAAUCGAAGGGCAGCUUCCUACAAAUAUCGAUGACUUCUUUCCCAGCCUACAUUUUCUUAACAUGUCAAUGAAUAAACUUGAAGGCAAGAUUCCGUCUUCAUUCAAUAGGAUGUGGCAAUUAGGAGUGCUAGACUUGUCUAACAACUUCCUAAUAGGAGAAGUGCCUAGUGGAUUAUCCCAAAACAAAACCCUCUUGUCACAAAUAAUCUUAUCAAACAACAAGUUGCGUGGUAUGCCAAUAUUUACCAAAAUGGAUAGCCUAGCCAAUUUACGUCUUGAAGGAAACUGUUUCACAAAACCCAUCAUAAUCAAUGCGUCAAGUGUCCCAUCUCUUUUCAUUUUGGAUCUAAGUGAAAACUAUUUGCUUGGCUAUCUUCCAAAUCAUCUGCCUAUUCUUCCAAAUUUGGGUGUUCUUCACUUAAGAGGAAACCAUUUUUUUGGCCAAAUACCAGAGUCAUUAUGCCAAAUGACAAACUUGCACACAUUAGAUCUUUCAAAUAACCAUUUGUCAGGGAGCAUACCUUCUUGUCUCAACAACAUUACAUCAUGGAAGGAAAAAUCUGCACUUGAAGAGUUUCUCCCUUAUUUUGAUCAAGGAUACCAAAUGGACAGUGAAGUCGAAAUCAAUUUUGCCACCAAGGGUAACAUGCACACUUACCAGGGUGAUCCUCUGCGUUACAUGACUGGGAUUGAUUUGUCAAUGAACCAACUAACAGGUCAAAUUCCAACAGAAAUAGGAGACCUGAGAGAACUCCACUCAUUGAACCUUUCCAAUAAUUUUUUGGUAGGCCAUAUCCCUGAAUCGUUUCAAAAUCUAGAACAAGUGGAAAGUUUGGAUCUUUCUCACAACAAACUUGAAGGAAGGAUCCCACAUCAAAUAACCAAACUCAAUUUUCUUUCGACCUUCAGCGUGGCCUUCAAUAACCUCUCAGGCAGGAUCCCUUAUGAAGAUCACUUCACUACUUUUGAUAACAAUAGUUAUAUUGGUAAUGAUGAACUCUGUGGACCACCGCUACAAAAGAAUUGUUCCUUGUUCGGGAACCAGCCACCACGGCCUAAAGGCAAUGACUUUGGAGGUGGGAAGAAGAAAUUGUUAGCCAAGGUCAUGGAUGAAGACUUGUUUUUCUAUUCAUACGUGGCUAUUUGUUAUGCAUUGGGUUUUUGGGGUGUUAUUAUCCCACUGAUUUUGAGCAAGAAUUGGCGUCGGAAGUACUACGGAGUCAUUAAUGGGUGCAUUGACAGGUGUAGAGAGUGGUUGUUACGAUUUUCAUUUUAUGUACAUAAUUAUUUUUAA